GGGCGCGUCGCGCUGGUGCCUGGCCGGCCGAAGCGGCGGCUGCGGCGGCGCGGGCAGCACGAGGGAGCCGCUCGUGCUGGGUGCCGCCACCACGAUGGUUCCAGCGGUUGAACUUUGACGAAGCCAGGGCACCAUGUACAGUGUAGAAGACCUCCUGAUCUCUCAUGGAUACAAACCGUCAAGAGACCCCCCGACACCGCGUGAGGAUGACCCUGAGGGACGCCAGCCAGCGAGGACAAGGACGUGUGCUGGCCACGGCCUGUUGAAUGGGCAUGAGGAUGGCCCUGCAGCCUCCGCACACUGUCAGACGUCUGCGGGGAAAGGACGCGUGAGUGACGUGGAAAGCCGCCGCAGCGUGCCGCGAGGCCACGGGGAGCCCCCGGGAGCUUCUGCUUCUAGAAACUCUGAGGCCAGGUUUUAUAAUCAACCCACCUCGGCGUGGUGCUCCCAGCCCCAGGCUGGCAGCAGCCAGGCCUGCCGGAGAAGAGGAGGACGCGAAGUCAGUAGCGUGCUGGGCCCGCGGGACCGAGAGGACCUGGAGCUCAGAGGGAUGGCCCAAGCCCACAGCCUGCCUGGCCACAUGAGGGAGGGACCCUGGGAAGUCGGAGGAAGGACAGAGAAUGUGAUGAAGAAGGCAGUUUGGGAAGAAGAGCUGAGAGUGCCAGCUCCUGCCAAGUGGCAGGACAUCAGCCAGGGGAUCGGGGAGCAGCCCAGGAAGGUGGGGAGGCAGAUGUCUGACGGCAGUGCGGAGAGAUUAUUCCAUGACCUGUACCCGCUGGUUCAAGGGGAGCAUGUGCUGAGCUCCCAGAACAAGAGGAAAUCCCAGUCAUUGCCUAGAGUCCUUUCCCCCGAGAGCCUGAGCUGCACGGACAUUCCCCUUCCGCUAAGCGACGGACGUUUACCUAAAAUGCCACUGUAUCCUCCAAAUGGUGUGCCGACUCUGGAACCCGCAAAGCACCCGGAGAAGGGCGGUGCCUCAGUGCCUUUGCCCCGGCCUAAGUUUGGGAGACCCCUCAAGCCCCCGUCUUAUGGCUCACACCAGCCGCGCUGGGGAGGCGUGGAAAGCAGCGACCCACAGGACGGCCGGCGGACCGACCCGCACGUGUCCAGGCACGAGCUCUGUGCAUGCGACCCCGGCUUGGAGCCGCCAGUGUACGUGCCUCCGCCAUCGUACAGGUCGCCCCCGCUGAACAUCCCAAACCCCUACUUGGAAGACACAGCGCCCGGACCUCCGGCUGAGAAGGCCGGGGCUGGCGGGCAGCUUCCUCCCGGCCCCCGGGGCCCUGGGAGCGAGUACGGCGCGAGCCCCCGCUCUCCGCGAGGGCCCCCUGCACACCCGCGACCUGCCACUGCCUACGGCAGCUCCGUUCAGUACAUCCCCUUCGACGACCCGCGGAUACGACACAUCAGACUGGCGCAACCGCAGGGUUUCUGCGAAGGAGCGAAGCUUGAUGGUAAGUCACGUGACUCCAGUCCUGUCACUCCCCAAGAGCCACCUCGUGGGAAGAUGCAGCCCCAUGGUGCCAUGCUGGACCCACAGAGCCUGACACCCCUGUCAGGGGAUGAGAGCAGCCCUGGUGCCAGGCCCUGGUGGCUGUGGGGCCAGCUCCCCAGGGACGGAGAGCACAGCGGCUUCCCCGACCGAAGAGACACCUGUGUCGUGAGAGGACAGCGGCCGGACGUGGGGGGUAGCCAGCGCAGACACACGGAGGGCCAGGUUUCCUCCCCAAACUCGCAGGGCGACGGUGCCUGCGAAGCGCAAGCCAAGCUCAAAAAAUUCGAAACGGGGAUUCAGACCAAGAAAAGUUCGAAGAGGAAAACAAGCGAGACUAUAUUUUGUUUGGUUUCCAUCCCGGUCAAGUCCGAGGCCCACCUGCCUGAGACGGACACGAACAACAAUGACCUGAAAGCGGGCGCGGGCGCAGAGCGCGGGCCCCACCGCCGCGCGGCACUGCGGGAGCAGAGCGUGCUGAGCGCGUCCGCCACCGACCUGGAGCUGCAGGCUCUCACGCGCAGCAUGGGCGGGAGGACGGAGUUCCAGAAGCAGGAUCUGGGGGGGCCAGAAGACGACAAAGACACAAUUGACCUCAGAGUCCUUCACCUCGCACCACACAGAGCACUCAAGUGCGCUGGCUCUUGGCCAGGGCACCAGUACCGGGACCAGCAAACGCAGACCAGUUUCCCCGAAGACCCGGAGAGCACUCGGCUCCCCCCGGGCGCACAGCUGGGAGGGUGGAGCGACACUGUGGCCACUGCAGAACGCUCAGGCCCUGCGGCCUCCCGAGCGUGGACGCACGCGGCGCUGGCUUCUGGUGACCACAGACAGAGGCCAGAUGCUAAAAACCUGAAAGGUCAAAGGUCCCUCAGCCCCUCCGGCAGCGUUUCAGGGACGUCCUCGUCUACACAUCAGGCGCCUGGGCCAAGGGCGGGCUGGAGUCAGCCCCGCGUGGAUGGCCGCGGACCCCGGGCCAGCCCCGAGCCGCCGCGGGAGGUGGUGAAAGGGGAGCCCACGGGCCCGUGCAACAGCAAACAGCUGUUUGGGCAGUUUCUCCUGAAACCGGUUAGUCGUCGCCCCUGGGAUUUGAUAAGUCAGUUGGAAAGUUUUAACAAGGAGCUUCAGGAGGGGGCAGAAAGCAGCGGCAGCAGCGCCGGUGAGGACAGCGAGGCAGAACCGCGGUGGGAGGACGGCGCCGACGCCAGACCCGGGGAUCCGGGCUUCCCUGAACACAGCCCGGGGAGGAGCGCUGAGCAGCAGCAGGACGUGCAGGUGCUGGAGGGCCCUGUGUGCAGGGCGGGAAAAGGCGAGCAUAAGCCUGAGAGCUGGAGCGAGGAGUCUGGGCCUGGCCGCCCGCCACCCCUGGGCCCCUUGCAGGUGGAGGGUGGCAGAGCGGACUCUCCCUGGUCGGCAGACAGCAGCUGGAGCACAGAGGAGACACGCCAGAAGGUUGGCAGUGCAGUGAGUGAGCCAGUGGUCAGCCCAGCACCUGUGCAGGGCAUGAUGUCUUCCAGACCAAGUGGCACAAAGCCAGUGUCCACAUCCUAUCCGGCUGAGCUGAGGGAGCCCCAGGAAAGUCAGGGACUCCCUGGCGCUUCCAUUUCUGUGACACCCAGCUCAGCAGGCCCUCCCGGGGUCCAUGGUGGGAGAGACAGGGGCACGGGGCUCCCUCUCUCCCUGACCAGCAAGAACCGCGGGCUCUCGGCACCCGACCUGCGGUCCGUGGGGCUCUCCGUGGGACCAGGGCAGAGCACCAGCGAGGUAGAGGGGUCUUUGGGGAAAGCCGUAGAAAUCUCCCCGGGCGAGUCCCUGCAAGCAAGGGCUGCGAGGAUCCUGGGCAUCGAGGUGGCUGUGGAGUCCCUCCUGCGGGGCACCAGGCGAGCGGGGCAGAGCCAGCCUCCUGAGCCUGACGCAAGUGCCUGCGGCUCAGAGUCCCCCAGGGAUGAGCCAUCCUCCAGCUCAGCCACGUCCGAUGGCCCCACGGUGCCUGCCGAUGCCUUUUAUGGCAGGAGGAAGUGCGGCUGGACCAAGAGCCCCCUCUUUGUGGGGGAAAGGGACAGUGCCAGGCAGGCUCCCCUGGUGUCCGAGCACUCAGGUGUGGACGGGGGCAUCGCCAGCGACGCCUCCAGCCCUGAGCCUCACCUCAGCCCCUUGGAGUCCAGCUCCUUCGACCAACAGGAUGUGGGGGCAAAACCCCCCUUCAGGUCCACUUUGUUCCAUUUUGUAGAAAGGACCCCAAGUGUGGCGGGCUCAGAAAAGAGGCUCCGAAGCCCCUCCAAAGUGAUUGAGAGUUUACAAGAGAAACUGGCUUCCCCGCCUAGGAGAGCAGCCCCCGACCGUCUGAUGAGAAUGAAGGAGGUGAGCUCAGUGUCUCGGAUGAGAUUCCUGAGCUUCCGGAGCGCCGACUCCAUGGAGGAGCCCGAGGAACUGAAGUCUGCCAGGGGCCAGCCCGGGCCACCCGGAGGCUUUGUGUCCCUCAGCGGUGGGGACCGGGCGUGGAGAGUGGGCCCCUCACUCUCCGUCUGUAAGGAGGGCAUCUCUUCGGGAGCAAGUGAGCAUCUGGCAGCACCAGAGGACGAGUGCGCUGAUCAAGACUUCUGGUGCCCAGAUUCGUAUGACCCCAGCAGAGUGGAGAGGGUAUGAUGAGAUGCGGUGACACGUGGGCCACUCUGGCUGUUAGCUGAGCAUUCUCGGUUUGGUCUGCCAGCCCAGCCUGCCCAAGUGGCAGCCGAAAGCUGCCGGUGUCUGGCAGCCCCACACCCUUCCCCACUGCCACCAGGACACUCGCCGUCCACACGGAAGUGCUCUGCGGAGAUGGAGCAAGAGCGCGUUGAAACCAUCUGCUCUGACAGCAUGAAGACUCAACGCCUGUAGUUAGAAAAGAGUUUCUAACUAGAAAAGAGUUUCACAGAGACUCUCCUUAAGGAUGGAUCUGGCCACGCUGGCAAGUGGUUUGGUGUCACCUGGUUCUGUGUGGGAACCCAAACGUGGAAGAUGGAGCGAAUGAGUCUGAAAGGACCGUGAAUGUCACAAGUCCCUCCCGUGCGUCUCCAUGGCCUGCGGCCUGUGCUCACGUUAAGGGGCGUGGGACAUGGGCUGCUGCCCGUUGUUCCACACUGUCAGUUCGGGGGACAUGUGAAGAAAUGCAUGUGACCCAUUUCUAAUCAGUUUGGCCUUCUGCUGCUGGAAGUAACUUUACUUCUAAGUAACCUGCCAUCAGAGAAUGAAAGCAAUAUCUUUUAAGUUCCUAAAAAGAUUUAAAGCUAUACUGUAAUAUCCUAAGAGUAUUAUUUAUCUGGUGGUGAAAUACUUCGAUCACUGCGAACAUGCCAUGGCCUGCUUUGCACUCAGUAGUGUCUAUUUUAUUUUCUGUAUGGGUAUUUAGAAAUCCUUUGUAUGAAAAAAAAUGCUGGUUUAAAAUAGACCAUUUUAACAAAGUAACUAUAUUUCUUUUUACAAAAAUGCUAUUUUUCUAUGAUGUAAACAAUUGUUAGGUGGCAGAUUUUUAAGGAAGUAUUAUUUUAUUUAAGAGUCUGUGUCCCUUCGUGGAGAGGAGCCCGGAGAGGGUUCGCUUUUGCUGUGGAGCGGAGGCCCCUUGCCCGAACACGAGGCUGUUGCUUCUGUCUUCGCAAAUGUCAACACAGACAUAUCACAGGGUUAAUAAAAUACACUUUUCACAAAGAUUUUUGUAAAAAUGUAGCUAUAAGAUUAUAUUUGAAAAUAACCCUCUCAAAACCAGCCAACAUCUUUACGACAAUUUUUGCUGCCAUAUCAACUAGAAUGACCAAAAAGCAUAGUUUUAUCUUUGUGUGCAUAGUUUUAUCUGCCCCAAGACCAGACUUUGCUCCCCUCCCCCACUGCCCCUUUAAAGAAAUAUGUAUUUUUAUCUAGAAUGAUCCUGAAUUAGUCUCUGCAUAUUUUUUAAAAGUGCUUGGGGACUAUAUAUACAUAUACAUAUAUAUGUAUAUGCCAUUACAGAAGUAUUCCGAGGCCUAUGUAUUCUGUUUAUAUUACAUUAACCUGCACAAAGUGUGUGCAUUUUUUAUGCAUUUGUUGCUUCUUUCUAAGUAAGGUUUUUGUGUUAGUUCACAUUCCCUAAAUGGUUUCCCGCCUUCUCCCUCCCUCCCCUUCUCUCUUCCUGCUUUCCCUCUUUCCUUCCUUCUCCCACCGCCCUUUUUCCUUCUCUCUCUUUAUUUAUUUUCUUUUUGAGAAACCACCUUAUCUAUUUUCAAACAUUUCAGAUUCCUAACAUGUGAGCUCUUGGUGAUUUGUCCUUGGCCUUCACGGGCUGUUCUCAUCUGUACUAUGUGAUUUUAUUUCCUAAGAGCUUUGCGUGUUUGGACCGUAACAAAAAAAGCAGACUCUAAGUAGCCCCAAAAAACCUUUUCAACCCCACUUAUCAGCAGUCUUGGUUUUUACCUAUGGCUCACAGUCACCUGCCUCCAGAACUCGGCUCUAUGAAGUCGCAGCAGCCAUGAGCAGGGCCGGUCUCUUCCCAGGCAGUGCAGAGUAGGGAGGAGGUCGAUCACCCCAUUCUAGCUGGUGACCCACCCAGUCUCCUGGUCAUACUGAGGGAGGGCUGAGCCACCGGGAGACCUUCGUGGGGUCCUAUUUCUCUCUUCAAAUGCAAAUGCACGCAGGUACAUGUAUAUACACAUACAUACAUGUACACAUAUACACAUACAUGUGUGUAUACACAUACGUAUACAUUGACACUGUCCUGAUUUCCUCUCAGAUUGUGUUGAUACCAUCUAGAGACUUUCUUGUAAACAAAAGGAUUAAAUUUUAGCUUAUUCCCCAAGAGAAGGAAAAGGAUCCUCAAGAAAAAAAAUGUUUAUACCCUUAUAUAUCUCAAACCAACCAACAUAGGAUGCUCUUCCAUUUUGUUUUGUUCUAAAUUGUUAUAUCAUAUCUUUUUGAAACUAUUCUAAAUUUAGUCAAAAUUAUCAAUGUUUAUAUUUCAACCUUAAUUUUUCUGCAUUCAAGCCUGUGUGUAAAUCUUUUUUUGGUGAAAAAGGUCACUUUAAAAAUUUAAAUAACUUAAAAACUUGAAUUUUAAACUUAUAUUCUGAGACAAAUAAUGGCCUCUAAUCAAAAAUAGCUUUCCCAGAGGUUUUGAACAUAGUACUAACUAUUCUUUUAUUAUUUCUAUUUCUCAUGCAUAUAUAGCUCCAUUAUUAUUUGUGGCUGGAAAAAAAAAGGUUUUUAUAUUUUGUAUUUGUUCCUGUUUUUUUCUCAAACACAUGAUUUACUAUUGGUGUUUAAUAAUUUGGAGGUUAUAAAAUUAAAGGUUCUAAUUGUGACCAUUUGGACUAAAAAUUAUAUGAAGAAUUAUAUACGAAAUGUAUUGGUAUUUCUCGAUUUGCAAAACAGGGGGAAAUGAUGAUAAAUUGCCUUUCUUUGAAGAAAAUUUCUGAAUGACUGAAAACCAAUACCCGUGUUACGAUUUUCAGCCUCUCACGGCUCUGCAAACCGAGGCAAACUCCUCGCUAAGAUGCAGCCAGCCCCUGCUUGGGCCUUUAGAUUAUUUCCAUGUUCAUAACCACGUGGAUUUCUUUUGCAAAAGCCCCUAAAACAUGAAUCUGCUCUUCAGGGUCCUGGUUUCCUUAUUAGAACUGUAGGUUGAGGUUUUGAUUCAUGUGGAAAUUCUAAGAACUUUUUUGGUUCCAUUUUGCUGCUGGUGAAGGGGUGUCAUUAAUGGAAGCUCAGAUGACUCUGAGACCAGCCCCCGGCCACUUUUGUGUCACCAGAACGACCUGCUCUGGCUGCCUCUGGGCUCAGGGCUUCUGAAAGAAAAACGAUGACACUGCUGUGUUGAAACAACCACUUCCCAGCCCUGGGCGGAAGGGACUGGCGCAGGACAACAUCAGCCCGUCAUUCCAUCCUGUCAGCCCCCCACAGAGUAUGUUUGUGUGUUUGGCUGUUUUUCAUUGUUGUUUGUUUAAAAUGAUUAAAUAAUACACAAUCAAGUGUCAGGGUAGCAUCUCUUGCAAAGUGACCGGUGCACAGAGCUCCGUCUCUCUGCGAGUGUUUGAGCUUAGAGAGGCACUUCCCAUCUCCCGAGUUCUCGCAAGCAGGUAACGUUUGUGUUGGGGGGCGUCGUGCAGCCAAGAUGCGUCUGUGCCGGGGAGACGAAUCUUGAGAGACGGGGUGUGGGCUGGAAUGUGUUUCUGAAGCCGAAGCUGUUGUAGGCCUGCGGGACUUUUGUAUUUUCUUUUUGUUUUGUUAUCUUUACUGCAGAUUGUCUACAUCUGUUUGUGGGAGGAGAGUUGCUACCCAAAACAGGAUUUAAGAGCCACGUUCCAGUGGCCUUUAGGAGUCUGCAUGGUGGGAGGUCCUUUUCUAGGAGCGUGCAUUGGUCACUUUGGGACCCACUAAGCUAAGAAGGGGGGGAUGAUAAUAUAACAUUAAAGGAAGAUUGGCCUCCAGCCUGCAUAUUUUGUUGGCAAGAAACAAAAAGGGAGCGGUUACGUCUAUAAAUUCAGCUUGAGGCCUCUUAAAAAGGUCGGUGCGGUCUAGCAAUCUGCCUGUUCAAACCGUCCCUGUGUUCCUCAGGGGUGUCGGGAGGCGGCCGAGUGCCUGCAGAUUCCUGGCUUUGACCUUCAAGAGCCCCUGUCACGUUCAUGUUCACUAACGCAGCAGAGGACAGGGAGGGGCUUGUUCUGUGGCCUUGGCUCACGGACUGAAACUCAGACCCAAAGGCAGCCUGGUGACCAGCCGCUCGUCCCCAUGACAGUGGCUGGGGAGGAACCUCGCCCCCCCCCCCGGGCCCCAGACACAAGCCAGCCCCAGCCAGGCUUGCAGCGGCACCCCCUCCUCCUCCUCCCUGCACCCCUGCCCCACAGCAGGGCGAGGUCUGUGACGUUCACUGUCACAGAGCAGGAAGGAGACAAAGGCAAGUUCAAGUUGGGAGGCACGAGGCAGAACACAGAAAUGAAAACCCUCUGUCCUAGCCGGGGAGAAAAGCAGUACCCUCUGGAUUGUAAAAAUCAAUGAAGUUCUCUCCACCCAGGUCAGCUGAAGUCCGAGCCCUCACAGUCGGGCCUAUCAGAGAAGCUAUGCGGAAACAUCUCCAAAAUAUAUAUAUAUAUAUAUAUUUCUAAAAUUUGGUGAAGACAAAGCCCUGAAACCCCACAGAAACUCGUAUCUGCUCACCCUUUCUUGGGUCACCACUGAGUCCCCAAGGCAGGUAGAAGGAGUCCUAGAAAGUCACAGUUGGUGGUGGCCGCUUGCCAGCUGCAGUCACUGCCCCCAGAUCGGGCAGCAGAGGGGACCUUGAGGUGAUGAGCAGAGUGGCAGCUGGAAUACGAGCGAGGCACAGAAGAAUGUCUUCCAGGAUCGCCUGUCUUUGCGCGAUGUAAAUACCCUGGCUUUUUCAGGGUGGCCGCUGGCCUGCUCAGCAACACGCGUGUUCCAAAUAAAGAUUUUGCAUGAAUGUA